CACCUCGACUGACUUGGAGAUCAAUCAACCGAGCAUCAGGGACCAUCUCAUAUACACGACAACCCGCUCAAGAUGGUCCGUUACGCCGCCCAAUCGAUCCCGAGUGCGAAGAGCGCACGAUCUCGAGGAUCCUACUUGCGCGUUAGCUUCAAGAACACCCGCGAGACGGCUCAGGCGAUCAAUGGAUUGAAGUUGCAGCGGGCGGUUGCCUUUUUGGAGAAUGUCAUUGGACACAAGGAGGCUGUUCCCAUGAGAAGAUACGCCGGUAGCACUGGACGAUGCGCUCAGGGCAAGCAAUUCGGUGUUUCCAAGGCUCGCUGGCCCGUCAAGUCCGCCCAGUUUCUCCUCGGUCUCCUCAAGAACGCUGAGGCCAAUGCCGAUACCAAGGGUCUGGAUACCGGCAACCUCAUCGUUAAGCACAUCCAGGUCAACCAGGCUCCCAAGCAGCGGAGACGUACCUACCGUGCCCACGGCCGUAUUAACCCCUACAUGUCCAGCCCCUGCCACAUUGAGAUGAUCUUGACCGAAGGAGAAGAAGUUGUCCAGAAGGCCCCAACUGUUGUUGAACGGGAAGGAUCCAGACUCACAUCCAGACAGCGGGGAUCUCGUGUGCGUCAGGCUAUUACCGCAGCAUAAAUCAAAUUUCAAAUCUUUUUAAACACAAAACAAACAAAUACGACUCCCGUUGAGAUGGACUAAAAGGGAAAUGAAGUAAAGGCGCGAAAUGAGCUGUGGGCGUUUCUCGCUUCGUUUCCUAUUUUAUCCUGAUAUCUCAAUACAUGACUGUUUGUAAUGCGGCGCGUCUUAGGUCUUCAUAAAUCUGAUGGUCCAUGGGUCAGCUUCCUCUUUUCUUCAAAUGCAUAUCUGUUCAUUAGUUUCCAUG